GGGGUCUAAUCAGGUCUUCACGGUACUGUACCCGGCAGCGAUGCUUGCGUCGAAAGGCGUGGAAUUUCUUGUCGCACACGAAGCAGUCGGCGGCGGACUCGAAGAGCGCGUCAGGCACGGCGGGGGAGCCUCCGCCUCCCGCCAUGGUGAAGCCCAUGCCGGCCGACGAUCCCUGCGCCCGCAUACCCGCAGUCGUCUCGGUGUAAUAUGUCUGUGUCUAACUGUUGAGUGUGCCGUCGUCGGUGUCUUGAUUUUUUGUUCACUACAGAGAGGAAGAACACCUGCAUAAUCCAGCCAAGAGACAAAUCCCUCUUUUUAAGAGAUAAUUAGAACCCAGUUUUCGAAAUAUUCGACUUGGCUAAGACCAGCCAAGAGCUACAAAAAUGACCAAGUCCACCGAAGCGAACCGAGAUAUUUACUACCGCAAGGCCAAGGAGGUGGGCUUCCGCGCGCGCUCAGCCUUCAAGUUACUGCAGCUGGACGAGCAAUUCGACUUCUUGCGCAAUGUACAGCGCGCCGUGGACCUGUGCGCGGCUCCUGGUAGCUGGAGCCAAGUGCUGAGCCGCAAGUUGUACGACGCCAGUAACGUAGAGAGCGUGAACAGUGGCGAUGUGCGUAUCGUGUCCGUGGAUCUGCAGGAAAUGGCGCCGAUUACUGGUGUCCAGCUACUACAGGGCGACAUUACGUCUAAGCGCACGGCCGAGCAGAUCAUUGGCUACUUCCACGGCGCCAAGGCCCAAGUGGUGGUGAGUGAUGGUGCACCUGACGUCACCGGCGUGCACGAUAUUGACGAGUUCGUGCAGGCUGAGCUGCUGGCCGCCGCUCUCAACAUCACCACGCACGUGCUGGAGGAGGGAGGGUCGUUCGUGGCUAAGAUCUUUCGCUGCGAGCAAUACGAUCUGCUGGCUACGCAGCUCAGCGUCUUCUUCGAGAGCGUGUCGUGCUCCAAACCCAUGAGCAGUCGCGCGCAGAGUAACGAGGCCUUCGUAGUGUGCCAGGGCUUCCGACUACCCGAGAACUACACUCCUGUGAUGACAUCCUAUCUGCUCCCGCGGUACGGACUCGAGGAAGGCGAAAAGCACGACCCGCUCUUAGUGCCGUUCCUCGCAAGUGGAGAUCUGUCUGGAUAUGACGCCGACCAGCAAUUCUACUAAAACUUAGGCAAAUAAUUGCUGAAUAGAUAGAAAAAGAUGACCAUCGCUACUUGCUGUCAAGAAACUCGGACAACGGAUGCAAUACGAGCGAGCGAGGACACACUCUCGAUGACCAGUGUUAAUGCAUCUUUCUUCGACUGUAGGGUGUCUAGGAUACGAGCUUCAGAUGCGAUCUUCUCUUCGUCGCUCUGAAUUGUGUACGAUAAAACUUGCAUCGUGGAGCGCUUCCUCGGAUCCCAACCAUAGAGGUCAUAGCUCUUGCGCUCGGAUAAACCAUUUUGACAUGGUAGAGUCGUCGUUGCCAACAGGGACUCGUUGUUUGCAUGGCGUAUCUGCUCGAUCAUCACUUCGCGGUCAGUUGCAGAAGCAUGACUACCACAUAAUCGCCCAGCCAUAUCCUCCAGGCAAUUAGCAAAGGUGGUGAUGGUUUGGCUCAUUUGACGUAGUGUUCGUGCUGCUUUGUUGUCGGUUUGGGUACCUCUGGGCACUGUUCCGUUCGAAAUUGGACCAGGGUUUCGUAGUUGUUUAGCGCGAUCGCGCAGCAAUGCUGCUAGGUGGAUCUCUACACAUCCAGCGCCAGCUACGACGUCCGGAUUAUCGAUCAAGCUUGCCAGCAUUUUGACGGACGUAGUAACCACGUGAUUAAGCUCAUCAAACGCGAAUCGGUCCGGUGCUGUGAUCGCGAUUGUUGUUACGGGAUGCGCAUUUUCACUGUCCACAACGGUGCCCUCGCGGUGCAGACGGAUAAAUUGCUUGUUGCCGAGAGUUUGCGUGGUAAUGAGAGAUAAGGCACCGAGCGAACUGCUAACGAUGCUGUCAUCGAUUCUCCAGUCACUGAGGAUAGUGGCUCCACUCAGCAUUUGUACGUUUCCUAACAUAAUAGUUGGUUAGUACGAAGCAUACAGAGUGUCUUGAUCUCGAAAUGUCAGACUUACGGAUAUACGCAGCGGAGAGUCGAUCAAGCGUGAAGAUACCCUUGGUGGCCAGGUACGUCUGCAGGUACUUUGGAACGAUUUUUUGCGAGAGAACAGCAGUGGCACCUAGCCGAUCUAAUCGGUCUCCAACUUGCCGGAGUGCUUUCAGACGGAAGGCAUCCGUUGAGUCCGCGUGAUAUAUCCUUGUAUUGCUACUCGUUUCCGCUUCCUCAAACUCGGCCAGCGGCUCGAUAGUGAUGUUGAACAAGGCAACACGUACAUUGCAGAUUGGAGGGGACAGGGCGCUCCGCUUGACACCUUGAGGUCUUCCACGACAAGGCCACGGGAGAUCGAGGAGAACCGUUUGCUUCCAAACUUCAGAUUUAGCGAUGGACGCUUGGCCGGGGGCGAACAGAAGCUGCACAGGAACACUCUCGCUCGGGUGUUCUACAACAUACCCAAACACACUCACAAACGCUUGAAUAAUAAGAGGGAUAACUACCGCUUCCGUGGUUUCCUCAUCUAGCCCAGUAAUCGACUUGGACGAUAUGAUGCCUCGAAUCACGGCGGAAAUCGAAGCUGCCGAGCUCCAAUUCACCGCCACACGCACAGGGCACCUCGGAUCUUCCAGGUACUGCAGGCUCCAAUCCAGCGCCAGGUGUAGUCCUGUAUUUUGCAAGAUCAUCGUUAACUGCAUUACAAGCCA